GAUUCUGUGUCUCCCUUUCUCUCUUCCCUCUCCAGCUUGUGCUCUGUCUCUGUCUCUCUCUGUCUCUCAAAAAUAAAUAAACAUUAAAACAAAAGAUGUAAAAAGAUUGAGAUGGGGAAGAAUGAGGUUGAGGAACUCUGGUAGGAUGAUGUGUCCCUUUUCAGGAAGGUAUGAGGCAAGGCCAGUAAUUGUGAGGGACAAGUAGAAGAAGAAGGACUUGAAGAGUAUGAAGUGUGCUCCAGGCCACAACUGGGUAAUCAACCAAAAAUUAAUAAUUGGAUUGUUUUAACAACUGGUUCCCCCUGAGGUUAAGGCACAGGGCCCAGAAAGAGGGGGGCAUGGUAUUGCCUAGAUAGGACUCCCCAUAACAUCCUGUAGAUCCCUAAAUUUGCAUAAGUUUCCAAGCAUUUCCUUUGCUGGAAGGCCUUCCCUAUCUGCUAAGUCUCACAGUGCAGCUCCUACUAUCUUUCACUCAGUUAUUCCACAGCUCUGCUUGGCACUCUUAUCUAUCAGAUGGCAUCUUUGGGGAUUACACAUAAUUUUUCAGAGCCCCACCACUGUGGGACUCUUGAUACUGCAUAAAAAUGUUAGAACUCUUAAAUUCAUUUCCUUGACUUUCCUCUCUUAACUUUCACUGUAGGUCUUUUGCCUCUCUGUUCUUUCACCUUUCCCUUCUACCUGUGUAACUGUAUGAUCAUUCUCCUUUUCUUUUUUGGAUCUCUAUUUUAAGGAGUAACAAAAUUCACUCUUACUGCCAGUUGUUUUUUGUAAAUUCUCUUAUCGUUAGUUUCUUUUUGUAUAUGUAGGGAAAUUACUUUUUUCUAAAAAUUUUCUAUCCCUUUUUCCUGUAUGACUUCCCUACUUGAUUAUAUUUCCCGGUUUCCCUUGCCACUAAAUGGGCAAUGGAACUAAAUUUUUGCUCAUAGAAUGUGAGCAGAAGGUAUGUAUGCAAAUAUGCCUCACUUGCUGGAAAUAAAUUGGUUUUCUGGGGCUUCCUGUCAUUUUACUUCCUACAAGCUGAAAUGUGGAGGUUAUGGAAACUUUCAUGAUGGUGAAGAGAAUAAUUGCCUAGGAGAUCAAGAAUCAUUGACUUGGGGGAACCCAGAUCCCUUAAUGAGAUAGGACAAGGCUACCCCAUCAUCCUGGGAACUACCCUACCAUUCAUACACACUUCAGAGUAUUGAAUGAAAGAGAAAAUAUUAAGCCACAUAUAUUUUGGUUUCUUCAUUAUAGCAGGUUAGCCUUUAACUUAACUAAUACACAUUUAUUCAUGAAUGGUGACAUAUCGUUAACAUCACGGGAAGGAAAUUUUUUGUGUGUCUUUUAUUUUGUUGGAAAAAAGAUAACCUUUUUGGGUGUAAUGCUGCCAGGCCACAGUCUUUCUGGGUAAUUGUUUCUAUUAAUGACCCAACCAUAAUAACCUCUAACAUGGUUUCUAAAAUGGAGUCCUCUAUAUCUUCUUAUGUAGUUCAAAGAAAAAUUCUGAAGGUAGGUAUUGUUCACAUUCUAUAGAUUAAAAACUUGGAUUCAGAGAGAUUACGAGAUUUACACCAGUUCACACAGCUACUUAAGUAAGAGUCAGGUCUCAAAGCCAUUUGGGAACCAUUUACUUUAGUGCUUGUUCCUAGUACAUCACACUGCUUAGUAAAAUUAGAAGUGAUUGAAGUGCCUUUUAAUAACAAAUCCACUGAACUCUAUAGCCAAACUAAUGAGUCACUUAAUCAAUAGUUAUACAUUGAAUGUCAGCUAUAUUCAGGACAUUUUCAUAAGGAGGAAGGUAAUAGACAUAUCUAGCCUGUUCCCUGCUCAUACAGAAGAACAUAUAUAUGUAAACAGGUGCCACACUGGGGGAAGAGGAAGUAAAAUGUUGCCAAGCCCUUUUCAUGUAUUAGGUACUGCGAUAAUGAUGUAAGUCUUGUCAUUGUUAUAAUUAAGUCCUGGAGAGGUUAGAGACUUGCCCCAAGUCACAUAACCCAAGUAGGUUUCAGGCUUGGGAUUGACUCUGUGUCUGUAAAGACUCUAAAGCUCACUAACAUGGGGGAGCUCCUGAAUGUGACUGAGAUUUAGCAGGGAGUGAUCAUUUUCCUCCAGGAAGUCAGGGAAGCCUUGGCAGAGGUGAUAGAGUUAGAUCUGGGUAGGAUUUGGAUAGGGAGAGAAAGUAUGGGGACAGGGGAAGGAAAGAUAGCUUGGUAAAGGAGCCAAGGUAUGAGUGAAAGAUAGUGAGUGGGCCAGCUCUGUUGGUAGGGGUGGUUUAUGCUGGGAAACAUAGGGACAUUGGCUCCAUGGCUCUAAACUUCCAUGAGAGGCAGUCUAGAAAUGCUAACUGCCUUCCUGACACCCCCCUCCCCAGUCCAUAUGUCUGAGCACAUUAGUCUGAGCACCUGAACCUGGGUCUGCACUGCCCCAGAUUAUGUGAACUGGGAGAGAGGUUUAGUCCUGCUCUCUGCUCAAGCUUACACCCUUUUACAUAUAUUUGGAUCAGAAGUCUGAACUGGCCUUUGUACGAACACCAGCGACAGCCAAGUACCUAGCAAAGUGGUACUUAAUUGCUCCUUCAGGGUCCACUUAGAGUAAUAGCUGUGAACAGGUGUCCCAGGUGUCUCCCAUAGGCAGUGACAAACUUUGCUGAAGAUGAGUCACAAAUUCUUGGUAGGAUUAGCUUAAAUAGGGGCAGGAAGCCUUUGUCCGUACUGAUCUUGUCCUAGGUUACAUACUUCUUCAGUGUCACCAUAUUUCCUACCUCAAUCAUGAUUGAUGGAGAAAGGAUGACUAUACAUAAAAUCUAUUAGCUCCACAAAGGUGAAGAAUUUUUUCCAGGUAAUCAGGAGUAUUCUGAAGAUGGCUCAUUCUAUUGGGUGAUAUAAAAGAAUGAGAAAAAUUAUGCCCAUAACUCUAAGUCUGCUUAAUUUUUAUCAUGAACCAUAUAUAAGACCUGAUAUUUUUUGUUUAGCUGACCUACAAUUAGUAACAUUUGUAGAUUUCUCACUCUGUAUUAUUACUAUUUGGUCAGCAAAUGGAAUAAUAGAGCAAAUAGGAUGUAAAAACUGGCUGAGAGUUUAGGGUUUGUAUUCACACCUCAAUCAAAAUAAGAAUCAUUUAGAUUCUUGGUUAAUUUUUCCUUCUCUUGACAUUUUUUGGCAUUUGACAUUUGUUUGACAUUAGUUUUAGUGGGACAAUAACAUUACAUAGCAAAGAAUUCUAGGCUUGAAUCCCAAAGUCUUGGGACUAGGUAUUAGCUUUGUCACUAGUAUUCUGUGUGAGUAGGAUAAGUCACUUAGAUACCUUUCUGACUUUACAGUAAGUAGGUUGGACAAGGUUGUCUUUAAAGUAUCUUUCAGAUUUAAACCUGAACAUAUGAGAUUUUGGCAUUUUCUGAUUUUUCGUUUUCUGCUCUUGAGUUAUGUUUACAAUAGGAAUAUUUACCUUCGUGUGUAAUAGAUGGACUUUGGAUUAAUUGGAUUGUGUCUGAAAAUUCUCAAACUUCUUUAGAGAUAGUAAUAAUAGAAGUAGUCAACUUCUCCAUAAUUAAUUGAAUGCCUUAUGACAGCAAUAAUUCUCCACUUCUGAAAUUAUGAACAAUAAAUUGGAACUAAGAUAAAAUGUCACUGAAAGUAAAUUGUCUUUCACAUGAAAUUCAACUUAUUUGUAUGAAAAAUGAAAUGAAAUGAACUUUUUAAUUUCAGGGAUUUAAGGACACUUCAUGCUGUUUCUUUAAAGUGAUCAAAUUGCCAAGAUGCCUUUUUAUGUCCUUUGAAACUUGAGGGCUGGAAGUUCUGGUAAGUAUGGAAAAUAAUCACUGUUUAAAUGUCCUGUCACCUCACAUGUGGAGAGUCAUGUAGUUUGCAGGUAGUAUGUGUUUAAACUUGGCAAUUGGUAACUGAGAUCUUUUUCUUUUCCCUCACAUCUUUGGUAAUAAUUUUGCACUGCUUGAGGGAGGAUUAAAGCGAAUGCCCUAUGAACCUCAGGAGAGAGAGGUCUUUGUUAUUUUCAGAAGAGGAAGCACCUGGCUGAGGUCCAACAGAGACUUCAUGGUCAUUCUCACAGAAAGAGUCUCUGCUCCCUUAUUCUCUGAUCUCCCUGUUGACCAAUUGGAUGAGGAGACUGUUCCCCUGCCCUGGAAAUUACAGCGCGAGGUCCUGAAAUCACAUGGAGCUGUGAGUAGAGAUUCACCUGAUGAUCAUGGAAACCCCUCUCAGCCCAAGGACCAUGCGUAACCAGACGCUAGUAACAGAGUUUAUCUUGCAGGGCUUUUCAGAGCACCCAGAAUACCAUGUGCUCUUAUUCAGCUGUUUCCUCUCCCUCUACUCUGUGGCCCUCACAGGUAAUCUCCUCAUCAUUUUGGCCAUCAGCUUCAACUCUGGGCUCCAUACCCCCAUGUACUUUUUUCUGUUCAACUUGGCUACCAUGGAUAUUAUCUGCACCUCUUCCAUCAUGCCCAAAGCACUGGAGGGUCUGAUGUCAGAGGAGAGCUCCAUCUCUUAUGGGGGUUGCAUGGCCCAGCUCUAUUUCCUCACAUGGGCUGCAUCCUCUGAGCUGCUCCUCCUCACGGUCAUGGCCUAUGACCGGUAUGCAGCCAUCUGCCACCCUCUGCAUUACAGCACCAUGAUGAGCAAGGCUUUCUGCAGCAAGCUGACCACAGGUGUCUGGGUACUCUGUGCCUUCAACACAGCCAUCCACACUGGGCUGAUGCUGCGGUUGAAUUUCUGUGGUCCCAAUAUCGUUACCCAUUUUUUCUGUGAGGUCCCUCCUCUGUUGCUUCUCUCCUGUAGCUCCACCUAUGUGAAUAGCAUCAUGAUUGUCCUGGCUGACGCCUUUUAUGGCAUAUUGAACUUCCUGAUGACCAUCGUGUCAUAUGGCUUUAUCAUCUCCAGCAUUCUAAAGAUGCGGACUGUAGAGGGGAAGAAAAAAGCCUUUUCCACCUGCUCUUCCCACCUCAUUGUGGUGUGUAUGUAUUAUACCGCUGUCUUCUAUGCCUACAUAAGCCCUGUCUCUAGCUACAGUGCAGAGAAGAGCAAGUUGGCUGGUGUAUUGUACACCAUGUUGAGCCCUACUCUCAACCCCCUCAUGUAUACUCUGAGAAACAAGGAGGUCAAAGCAGCCCUCAGGAAGAUUUUCUCCUUCACCAGAAAUUAAUUUCUGUCUUCUGCAACUUUUGUUGGAGACUGCAUAUUGAAGUCCACGGUGGCCUCAGAGACUCUCCAAUGAAUAAGGCUUUGAAAACUACCACUAAUGAACCAGUGUGAUUACGAGGUUUUCAACAUGCUAUGUAGAGCAAUUAUUGGUAAUCGUCUUGGUUUCUUGCAAUUUUUAUAUUUUCCGCAUCUUGUAAUGGAUUUUUUAAAAAAAUAAAUAGUACUUAAAUGAG